AUGGAGAUGGAUGAGUUGACAAAGCGUUGGGAAAAGCUAAACUUGUCUAAGGAAGAGAGUAAGGUGUUCCAUGUCCAGAAUGAGGGUGCUAAGGAAGGGAGUAGUCGUGGGAAGCACUGUAUUAUUGGCAAAGUCUUGUCUGAAAAAGGAGUAAACAAUGAAGCCUUCAGGUCCACUAUGUCACAAGUAUGGAGGUUAGAGGGUUGGGUGAGGUUUAAGGACUUGGGUGAUCAAAGCUUUUUAAUUGAAUUUCAGUGGUUGACUGAUAAGGAAAAAGUUCUGAGUGGUCGACCGUGGUUUUUUGAUAGACAUCUCUUAACUUUAUUAGAAGUUAAUGAAUCUGUCUCUAUAGUAGGUUUACAGUUUAAGUUUGAACCUUUUUGGGUUCAACUCCAUAAUCUACCAUUGGCAGCUAUGACAGAAGCAGUGAGAGAGGCUUUUGGGUCCUCAAUUGGUCCUGUCAUUCGUGUGUAG